GUUACUCCAGGAAGCGUUGGGGACGGAGACGUGUCUCUAUUGAUGGGAUUGACUGGUUUGAGCUGAGACGCCGGUGGAAACCUAGGCGGCUGUUUUUUGGGGUGAAGGGUAGGGUGCUAUUUUAGUACUGCAGGGCUCGAUCAUGGCCACCUCGGCGAACCAAUUAGAACAGCUACGGCGCCGCAUCCAAGAGCUUGAGGAAGAGCUCGUCCGGGAGAGGGGAGGUAGUCAGGGUACCCGAGCCCGGAUCGCGGAGAUGAGUCCCGAGGUGACGGACUCCAAUCCGUACAGUCGCCUGAUGGCGCUGAAAAGAAUGGGAAUUGUAAAAGAUUAUGAGAAAAUUCGUUCAUUUGCCGUGGCAAUAGUGGGUGUUGGUGGAAUUGGCAGUGUGACUGCUGAAAUGCUGACAAGAUGUGGCAUUGGUAAGCUGCUCUUGUUUGAUUAUGAUAAGGUGGAACUGGCAAAUAUGAAUAGGCUCUUUUUUCAACCCCAACAAGCUGGACUUAGCAAAGUGAAAGCGGCAGAACACACAUUAAGGAAUAUUAAUCCUGAUGUCUUCUUUGAAGUACAUAAUUACAACAUCACUACUGUGGACAACUUUCAACAUUUUAUGAAUAGGAUCAGUAAUGGUGGAUUAGAAGAAGGAAAACCUGUGGAUCUUCUACUAAGCUGUGUGGAUAACUUUGAAGCUCGUAUGGCAAUUAACACUGCUUGUAAUGAGAUUGGACAAAUAUGGAUGGAAUCUGGAGUAAGCGAAAAUGCCGUUUCUGGUCAUAUCCAGCUGAUCAUACCUGGUGAAUCAGCUUGUUUCGCAUGUGCACCUCCACUUGUUGUGGCUGCAAACAUAGAUGAGAAAACUCUGAAACGAGAGGGAGUUUGUGCAGCCAGUCUUCCCACCACUAUGGGAGUAGUUGCUGGUCUUCUUGUGCAAAAUGUCUUGAAAUAUUUAUUAAACUUUGGAAUGGUGAGCUUUUAUCUCGGCUACAAUGCACUGCAGGAUUUCUUUCCCACCAUGACAAUGAAACCAAAUCCACAAUGUAGUGACCGAAACUGCAGAAUGCAGCAAGAACAGUAUCAGAAAAAGGAGGCAGUGAAUCCAAAAGAAGAGUUAAUAGACCAGGAAGAAGAAAUAGUUCAUGAAGACAAUGACUGGGGUAUAGAGUUAGUUUCGGAGAUUUCAGAAGAAGAAUUGAAAGAUGAUUCUAGUUCGGUUCCUGAUCUUCCAAAAGGAAUUAUGUUGGCUUACACAAUACCAAAAAAGGAAGAGAAUGUUCCCGCUGGAGAAAUGGUUGAAGAAUCUGAAGAAAGUCUUGAAGAACUUAUUGCUAAAAUGAAGAAUAUAUAGUGUGAAGAAUGUGUCAAAGAUCUAUUAAAUUUCAGUGCUUUUUAGCUAUUUAAUGGUUUCUGGCUAAAUUUGGCCUUUUGUAUAUUUAUCAACCUGUUUUGGUAAUAGUAUCAUUAAAUUCCCAUAACUUAAUACAUUAUUAGAAGCUAUGAGGGUCCAAUUUCCAGCAAGCAUUAAAGCAACACAAUAAAUUUAAUACUAUGAGAAUGAUAGUGGUAUUUCUAAUCAAAUCAACCACAAAAGUAUUUUCUAAAUGGUAAAAGUUUACUUGUUAGGUAAAUAUAAAGUAAUUUGGCAAAAAUUCUAAGGUCCCUUAUAAUGUUUAGAAAAAGGUUUCACUAUGUGUAGCUAUAUUUAAUUUUUGAAAUACUGUUCUAAUUCACUCAUAAUGCUAAAUCAUGAAUUAAGUGUAGAGUUCCUUCUCUGGAUGUUUUGAGUUUGAAUCUUACGUAUCUUGUACAGUAAUCAUAACAGCUGAAAAUCAAAAUGAGCAAAGUUGUGCAAGACAAGUGUUGCAUUACAUACACAUAUUUUUAUAAGUCUAAGCAAAAUUUAAGCAGGAAGAUUGCUCUUAUGCUAUUUUACAAUCAGCAAGAGCAAUAAAUCAUGAUCCAAGAUUAUUUUUUCUGAUUUCCUGUUAUACAAAUUCAUAUAGGAUAUAUAGUUUAAAGGGAAUUCAAUUGUAUUAGUACAAAGUCAAUAAUCUAUAGUCUGAAAGUCAUUCAUUAGGAAUAUACCUUCCUUUUAAAACAUAAUUUUAGAUUUUACAUAAUUUUUAAAAAAAACAAAAAUGUUUCUUUCAUGUUAUAGAAGAAGGAAAGAGGAAUCUGUGUUUCACAUUUUUCAUGGGCUGGUAAUGGCAUAGUAUCCUAAAAACCAUGGUUUAGCAUUGUAUGUUUAUUUAAACUCACUUGUCUAGUACUAUAUUUGUUGUCUUUUACAUUAUUUUUUGGCUCAUAACUAAUUUCGGUAUAUUUGAUAGAAUUUUAUAUUUUGCAUCCUAAAUUAAAAGGUACAUCUGCAUAACUGGUCAUGUUAUUUAACAGUUGAAACAAUGAAUCUAAAGUAAGAAUAUUAGUACUGUAGUUAAGCAAAAACAUAGUUAGGAAGAGAUGGGACUUUUGCACAAACACACUGUAAAAAAAACUUCUUAAAAAUCGUUAUCUAUGAUUUAACUUAAUGGGAAAAUAUUUCACAAACACUCAAAAUUCUUGUCCGAACCAAGUCAAGAAUGAAAAAUAAACCCAAAGAUAGACUUUACAAGCCAGAGAAAAUGGAUGGGAGCCUUUGGCGGAACAAAAACCUUAAUUUAGUUUCAAUAGUUCUAUUUACCUGUAGAUUAUCCUAGAUAUGUAACAAGUGUUAAUACUGAAAACUUUUAAUGCAUUGGGGAUAUAUUGAAUAAUGCAUACAGAUGAAAAUAAGAUUAAAAGAUUCAGCACAAAAAAGUGUGAAUUGAGUAUUAGGUGGCAGCAAAGGAUACAUAUACAAUUAUCCUCAACUUACGAUCAUUCAGUUACAAUGGCUGAACAAAUUAUUAUGUCUAGUCCUUGGAGUUUCAGUUGUGCCAGUUGAUCGUGAUUUGGAUGCUUGGCAACUGGCUCCCACUUAAAUGACCUGUUACAGUAACCUGUAAUCAUAUGACUGCCAUUUCCUUUUUUUCCAAGAAUUUUAUUAAGAUUAUCAUGACAGAAAAUACAAAUGAAAAUAAAAACAAAUAAAAUGGGAAAGAGAAAGAAAGGCGAAGGAGAAGUGUAAAGAAUGAAAGGGCAAAAAGCAUUCACUUUGAAGUUUUUUCAACAUAAUAAAAUAUAAAAUAGAAUUAGAGCCUCCAAGUUUUUACUUUUAUCAACUUAACAAGUAAUAGCCACUAAUAUAACAACAAACUAGCUAAUCAGAAAAACCCAAAGUCAAGAGGUCAUUUUUUUUCUGUCUCGAACACAAAGAGCGAUUUUCAAUUAGAAACAAAGAUGGAUAAUUGUGUUAGCAUUAUCACUUUUUUCCAUCUGUUUUUCUGUGGGGAUUGACAUAUCUUUCUGGGCAUGCAGAUUUCUCACUGCAACUAACAUAUAUAAUAACUAAGUUCCAAAUUUGUUUUCCAACUCCUUAACUAGUAAUCCUAAAAAGAUAAAGUUUCAAUUUUAUGUUUGUUUUAAAAAUAUUCUGCAUUAUAACAUGAAUCUAGGCCCAGUAUUUUUUGCUUUAUCAAGUCUGUCAAUGAUUAAAAAAUACCUUUAGAAUUAUAUUUCCAACAUACAUUUGAAACAACUUUAAACAUCUUUGACAGUUUAUCAGGUAUUAAAUACCAAUGAUGCAUUGUUUUAUAAAAAAGUUAUUUCAAAUUGUAAUUCACUGUAAACUUUCAAUUGUUCGCCUGCACAUUUCCCCAUUGCUGAAGCAUUAUACCCAAAAUUCCUUGCCUGCUGAAUCAGGCAUUCUUUCACAUAUUUUCAAAAUUCAGCUUCAACAUUUAAUAGAUCUUACCACCAACAUGUUUAUCAUUAGCACGUAAUAAAAUUUCAAAUUCCUAUUUUGCAAAUUCAAACCCAUAUAUUUUCCUAUCUAAAUUAAGUCUUUCCUUAAACUGUAGUAUGGGAGCCAAUGCAAAAGACGUCCUUCAGAUUCCAAUUCUUUUGACUUGAAUGAAAGACUUGGGUAAUAGUCCACUGGUCGCUCUCACUGUCAUUUCUUUUCUUGAAAAGCUUUCUAAAUGCCACCUAGAGGUUCUUUGAGGGAAAGCUUUGUUUUAUAUUUAUUCCAAACUCUUAGAAUGAUUGUUACCAUCAGCAUUUAUUGUACCAUGGGUAGGCAGACAUCCAAAUCUCAUUCAUCGUCUUCCAAUUCUUAUUUUUAAGAUCACCCAGUUUUUCAUCUAGAGCAAACAACAAGCAUCAAAGUACAGUUUUAAAUCUGGUAAACCCAAACCACCUCUUUCUUUAGCAUCUUGCAACAAUUUAUAAUUCUUUUUUUUCUUUUGCCACAUAAAUACUUAAGAAAUAUCCUUUUGCCAUUGUUUAAAUAGAGCAUUGGUAAUCAAUAUCAGCAGUGUUUGAAAUAAAAAUACAUUUGUGGUAAAACAUUUGUUUUAAUUUCAGAUAUUUGUAUGUAUAUCCAUUUCCUGCUUCUUGUAGAUAUUGGAAUAAAAAUUAUAAAACAUUUCAA